GUAAAGAUGGCGGCGCCCUGUCUGGGCACCAUGGAGAGGAGACAGGCUCUACAGCCCCAGACAGCCUGCUCCCCGCAGCACUGACAGCCCGGUGACUGCGGACUCGCUCACGGUGUUCAGACACACUCAGCAGCCCGCUGCAGCAUGUGGUGGUCAGCGGGGAGGACGGCGGGAGCGUGUCUGAGAAUGCCUCACCUCCUGCAGCCGCCCAGCUGGAGGUGGAGGAGCUCCACCAAGCGGCUCUGCUCACGGAUGUCUUCAUCCAGACCUCCCUGGAGGCUCCUUUUCUUCGGCUCGGAUGAGUUCGCCGUGGAGUCUCUGAAGCUGCUCACCUCCAGCAGAAACGCCAAUGAGGGGAUCGUGGAGACCCUUGAAGUGGUCACGCUGCCCGGUAGCGUCCCGGUGAAGCGGUUUGCUCAGCAGAACCGCCUCACGCUGCACGGCUGGCCUCUGCACGACGUGACCGGACAGUUCGACGUGGGCGUGGUUGUGUCGUUCGGCUGUUUGCUCAACGAGGCGCUAAUCAAAAAGUUUCCACAUGGGAUCCUGAACGUGCACCCCAGCCUGCUGCCCCGGUGGAGAGGCCCCGCCCCCGUGUUCCACACCAUCCUGCACGGCGACGCCGUGACGGGAGUCACCAUUAUGCAGAUCCGCCCCCACCGGUUUGACGUGGGCCCCGUCCUGAACCAGGAGCUCCACCCGGUCCCUCAGAGCUGCACCGCAGACCAGCUGGGAGCCGUCCUGGCCGUGAAGGGAGCACAUCUGCUUAUCGACACGCUGAAGACUCUUUCUGAGAAAAUGGAAAACAGGAGGGAGCAAAGCCAGACAGGAGCCACCUUCGCUCCAAAGAUCACUAAAAGCAUGAGUUGGGUGUUGUGGGAGGAGCAGACCUGCGAUCAGAUCGACCGUCUGUAUCGUGCCAUCGGAUCUCGAAUCGCUCUGAGGACGACGUGGGACGGGAGGACCGUCAAGCUCCUGGAGUUUGUGGGAAGAUGUCACAUUUCACUGGCAGAUGAGAGGAGGAAGCCCGACCCCGGCUCAGUGAGCUACCAGAAGGAGUCCGAUACUCUGGCUGUCUGCUGUAAGGACGGCUGGGUGGGGUUUAAGGCCGUGCUCCUGAAAAAGAGACUGACAGCAGCUGAUUUCUACAACGGCUACCUGCAUCAGAGCGUGCAGAAGAGCUGGCCUGGGGGGAAGUUUGUCAGCAGGAAGACGGAGCUGAGGCAAGACGGCGGGAGAGGACUGGACAGUGUGACGUGAUCUCUCCUCACUGGACGUCAACGCUGCAAACAGGACAAUAUCUAAUGGAUUUACUGUUGUUAAUGUGUCCUAUGUGUCUAUUUUAAGACAUUUGCAGGUACGGCACAUUUGUUGUAUGACUGUAUUUUAUCACUGACCUGCAGUAAAUGAAUGUUGGUGAC